GGACACUGGGGGGAAUAAAAAGCUCCAUCAUCCUGCGAUAGGAGCGGUGGAGACAGGGCAUCCUCCCCACACCCGACACCCAUGACCACCGACUGCAGGCUCGCUCGCUAACCGGACACACAGGAGGGAUUUUCAGCCUGAGACAUGUCGAAGCACCGUAAAGACAGAGACAGCUGGGGGUCCCUCAGCGACAAACCCGUCUACGACUGGAGCUCGGAGGAGGAGGAGCCGGACGGACGAGCCCGGCCCGUCCAGGUGCUGCUGGUCAAAGACGACCACACCUUCGAGCUGGACGAGGCGGCGCUCAGUCGCAUCCUGCUGGCGGAGGAGGUCAGAGACCGCGACGUGGUGGCCAUCUCUGUGGCUGGGGCGUUCCGCAAGGGCAAGUCCUUCCUCAUGGACUUCAUGCUGCGCUACAUGUACAACCACGCCUCGGACCUUUGGCUCGGCGAUGCAGACGAGCCCCUGACCGGCUUCUCCUGGCGGGGGGGCUCAGAGAGGGAGACCACCGGCAUCCAGAUCUGGAGCGAGGUCUUCCUGGUGGACAAGCCAGAUGGAGGAAAGGUGGCUGUGCUGCUGAUGGACACACAGGGGACGUUCGACAGCCAGUCGACGCUGCGGGAUUCAGCCACCGUGUUCGCCCUGAGCACCAUGAUAAGCUCCAUGCAGGUUUACAACAUCUCACAGAAUGUACAGGAGGACGACCUCCAGCACUUGCAGCUCUUCACUGAGUACGGCAGAUUAGCAAUGGAGGAGACUUUCCUCAAACCUUUCCAGUCCAUGAUUUUCCUCGUUCGAGACUGGAGUUUCCCGUACGAGUUUCCCUACGGACAGGAAGGAGGCAUGCAGUUCCUCGAGAAGAGGCUGAAGAUCUCCGAGAACCAGCAUGAAGAGCUGCAGAACGUGCGUAAACACAUCCACUCCUGCUUCACCAACAUCUCCUGUUUCCUGAUGCCCCACCCGGGCCUCAAGGUGGCCACCAACCCUCACUUUGAUGGAAGAAUUCAAGAAAUCGAUGGCGAGUUCAUCAACAACCUGAAGGUUCUGGUCCCCUGGCUCCUCAGUCCUAGUAACAUCGACGUGAAGGAGAUCAACGGCAGCAAAAUCACGUGCAGAGGCCUGGUGGAGUAUUUCAAGGCCUACAUCAAAAUUUACCAAGGGGAGGAGCUGCCUCAUCCAAAAUCCAUGCUGCAGGCCACAGCAGAGGCGAAUAAUUUGGCAGCAGUCGCAGCUGCAAAGGAUCUGUACAACAAGAAAAUGGAAGGGGUGUGUGGCGGCGAUCGGCCCUUCCUGGCCCCCAGCGAGCUGCAGGCCCGACACGGCGUCAUCAGGGAGGAGGCCCUGCAGGUGUUCCGGGGCGUGAAGAAGAUGGGAGGUGAGGAGUUCAGCCGCCGGUACCUGCAGCAGCUGGAGGGGGAGAUCGACGAGGUCUUCGUCCAGUACAUCAAGCACAAUGACUCCAAGAACAUUUUCCACGCCGCCCGCACGCCCGCCACCCUGUUCGUGGUCAUCUUUGUCAUGUACGUGGCUGCGGGCAUCACAGGCUUUGUGGGCGUGGACGUCAUUGCCAGCUUGUGCAACAUGAUCCUGGGUCUGGCGCUGAUCACCCUCUGCACCUGGGCUUACAUCCGCUACUCCGGGGAAUACCGAGAACUGGGAGCCGUCAUCGACCAGGUGGCUGGCGCACUGUGGGACCAGGGGAGCACAAAUGAGGCCCUCUACAAGCUGUAUAAUGUUGCGGCCAAUCACAGGCACCUGUACCACCACGCCUUCCCGGGGCCUCAGGUGGAUGAGGAGGAGCAGGAAAGGAAGAGGGACUGAUUAAAGACACAGCAGGGACUUCCUGGUGAUGGACAGGGGACGAGGAGGAAGAGGAGGAGGAGGAGGAGGAGGAGGAGGAGGAGGAGGAGGAAGAGGAACAUCCUCACCCAUCAGGCACUCUUUUAUUCCGGUAUUGGGGCUGUCACCAAUACACUCACUACUUUAAAACCUAAUAACGGACUGUAUAAUGUUCACGUAUAGGCAACGUCAGAGCACCUCUGCAGUGGCUCUCCAUCAAGGGACGACACGAAUCAUUGUGUCUCACUUUUUUUCUGUCUGUGAAAACACGUUGUACAGAUCUGUCCCGAGGAGAAGUGUGCAUCACCCAACCUCCACUCAGCUGUUUCAUUUCAUAUCGGACCAGUUUUUCUCUCUUCAUCCCACCGUGAAAUCCUCGUUUGUGACGGUCGUUCUGUUCUUUGAAGUUUAGUGCCGUUUAUAAGAAAAAUAUCUAUGAAAGCCAAAACAGGUUCUGUACGUUGACUACCGCAGCGUCCCGUGGAUCAUCAGCAUGGUGAAUGGUUCAUGUCCGACAUCUCCCGAGCUCUAAAACCAGGAAUACUUUAUAUGAAAUGUUUCGUUUUAAUGGUUGUGACAAAGUGAUAUUGUGCCAUAACAUGUAAAAAAAAAGGGAUUUCACGCCUCCUGCAGCCUGUUUACAUGCAGACAACCUGCGUAAAAUGGCACAUGUAUUAGUUGUAAAGAGUUUGUUUUUGGCUUUGGAGGUUGGUGUAACUUUUGAGUUCUGGGUCAGGGAGGAUAGCUUUGUGUCGGGGUUUUAAAGUUUACACGACACAAGCCGACACCAUCUCUCACUUUGUGGUCCGCUUGCAGUUUUUGCAGUCACGCAGCGUCCCAGUGGGCCUUUACACGAGCGUUUGACCUCUGAGGUCGCAGGGAAAGAGUGCGCUCGGUUUCCAUUGUGAUGCAGAGGUGGUGGGUGGGACCAUUGUUGUGUUUUCUCACUGAAUGUUCGAGCAAAUCCGAGGAAUGUAGCCUCCCCGUGGCCACCGAGGAAUCAAAGCGAGAUUUGCCGUGAGGCGGGGCCACAGGCCUGCUCCGGAGAAGGAUCCUCAUUCCUCAUCUCUUUCAUCAUCCUCACACACACUUAAGUUGAAUCAUCUGUGAAAGAAGAAGAAAAAGAAAAAGAAACCGCUGCAUGGUGAAAGAGGGCCCCGGCUCUUUGUGUCGUCCACAACAGCUUGCAUUUGUAAACAAAAGGCUUUAUGUCUGUGACAGCACUUUUUGGUGUUUGAAUACUUCGGCUUCGUAGACUGUUACUGUACAUUUGUAUAAUUGUUGGUCAUUGUUUUUAGCUCAUUGAAUAACCCCCCCCCCGAAUGGCAGCAGUGUAAACACGUCAUGUCCAGCUGCAGCGUUUCGAAUGGUUUCUUCUCUUCCCCCCCCUGGUCAUCGAGAGAACAGGAACACUGUCAUGCGUAUUUAGCGAGUUUAUACUGAGGUCUGACCUCAAGGGUUGAAGAUUUAAAGGCUCUGCAGCACGGUGGCUUCUCCAGUCUUCCACAGCGUAUAAUCAACAUGAGUGAGGCCUUCACACAAGGAACCAUCGCAGUCCGCUUUAAGAUCCCUGAGGUUUUUAAAACCCCCGUUUUCUUCAUGACUUUGCUGGAGUGAUCGUGUCCAUUCGUGUCAGAAAAGUAGCUUUUGUUUACAAUUGUGUUGCGUUUACGUUUAAUUGGAGAUUUUGGUCUGUCAGGAAUAAAAAGAAACCCCAACGACUUUUUUUCUUGGAUUUUUAAGAAUUCGUUCCUCAAACUGCCCUCAUCGACUCGUUUAAAUCCACCGAACUGAAAGGUGAAAGGAAAUCGACCUCUUCCAGGUGGACACGGCUUCGUUUCAGCACAUGUACUGCAAACGUUUCAGUUACAAAGACAUAAUAAUAAAGUUGGACCAAAUUAAUGAAAA